AUGGCUUCAUCUUCCAACAAGCCACUCAGGGCACCUCUGCUUCGGCCCAGACAGAGCCUGAACAAAGACCGCUUCCAGGUCUACUUCAACGCCUUUCGGCCACAGGCAUACACGGAGCCCACCGCCACGCGAGGCGCAUCAAACCACAACAUCCGCUCGAUCGGCUGGAACCCUUUUGGCAACCUGAUCGCCACCGGUGCCGCCGACAAGACCCUUCGAGUCUGGAACCCUGAGAGGGCUAACGUGCGCUUCUCAACCGAGCUCAAGGGCCAUGCCGCCCCCAUCGAGAAAGUCGCCUUCAACCCCGUCAAGGACGCCGAGCUCUGCAGCGUGAGCAACGAUGGCACCGUCAAGUUCUGGGACGUGCGCACUAAAAACUGCGUCAACGAGGUCAAGGGCUUGGGUGAGGCCUUCACGCUGGUUUGGGACCCCGAGGGGGAGUCGCUGAUCGUUGGCAAUAAGGCCGACAACGUCUUCGUCCUCUCUCCCACCCAGUCUACCCCCAUCGCCAACCACCAGCAGGCCGUCCAGACCAACCAGAUCGCCUUCUGCUGGAGCCGGGAGCGCGUCUACGUUGGCACCGGCAAGGGCGAAGUGCGCGUCUUGUCAUUUCCAGACUUCGAGCCCGUCAUCCACUACAGCUAUGACCGCUCUAUGAUCGACGGCCCCGGCGCCACCAACGAGUACGCCCUCAAGGGCCACACCGGCUCGUGCCUGUCUGUCGAGCUCUCGCCCAGCGGCAAGUACCUGGCCUCGGGCGGCACCGACUCGCUCGUCAGCCUGUACGACACCCGCGACUGGAUGUGCCACCGCACCCUGACCGACCUCAUCGGCCCUGUGAAGACCCUCAGCUUCACCUGGGACGGUUUCUACCUCGUCGCCGGCAGUGAUGUCGACGUCCAGACCGGCCAGUCGACCGGCAUCGACUGUUACCACUGCGAGUCUGGCGAGCGCGUUCAUACCUUCAAGACGGCCAGCUCCACCCCUGUCGUCUCCUGGGCGCCUACCCGAUACCAGCUUGCGUACAGUGACGUGGGUCAGCUGCGCAUUGUUGGUGUUGAUCUGGAGAAGGACAAGAAGUGA